AGAGGUCAACCAUACACUAUACUUCGAUCCCCUCCAAACUCCAGUACCCAACAUCAAGCUCCUUCUGUAUUCGAAACUAAAAUGGGCGACACGUUUGCUCCUGCACGCGCACCACCCACAAAGCUAGGCGAGCACCGGAUCCUUUGCCCAACUGCUGGCAUACGUGUCUCCCCCCUCGUUCUGGGGGGAAUGAGUCUGGGAGAUGCGUGGAAGGACAUCCUCGGUGGGGGCAUUGGGAAACAAGCCGUGUUUGAGAUACUCGAUACUUACUGGGAAGCGGGCGGGAACUUUAUCGACACGGCGAACAACUAUCAGGACGAGCAGAGCGAGAAAUGGAUUGGGGAGUGGAUGGAGCAGCAGAAGAACCGGGAUGAGCUAGUGAUCGCGACCAAGUACUCGAUCGGCUACAACACGCACGAGCGAAAAGCCAAGACUUACGUGAACUACACGGGCAAUCACAAGAAGUCGCUCGUGCUUUCCCUGCGCGCUUCCCUCGAGAAGCUCAAAACGAGCUAUGUCGACAUUCUCUACGUCCAUUGGUGGGACUACUCGACCAGCAUCCCCGAGCUUAUGCGUGCGCUGGAUGACGUGGUCAAGAGCGGGCAGGUGCUCUACUUGGGUAUCAGCGACACGCCUGCUUGGAUCGUCACUAAGGCGAACGAGUACGCCAGGGCGCACGCAUUGACGCCGUUUGUCAUCUAUCAGGGAGAAUGGUCCUGUAUGAAGCGUGACUUUGAGAGGGACAUCCUCCCCAUGUGCAUGCACGAAGGGAUGGCUGUCGCUCCCUGGGGUGUGAUCGCCGGCGGACGGCUACGUACCCAAGCACAGCUCGCCCAGCGAAUCAAACAAGGUGGUAAUCUCCGGUUCGGGAUGAACGAGCUGUCUGAGAAUGAAAAGAAAAUGAGCGCCGCGCUCGAGAAAGUCGCGAACGACAUUGGCGGCGAUGCAAGCUUGGCGAACGUUGCUAUUAGCUAUUGUUUGCAUAAGCAGCCCUAUGUGUUCCCGAUCAUUGGCGGGAAGAAAAUCUCUCAUCUGAAGGAGAAUAUCAAGGCGCUGAGUAUCCGCCUCACCCGAGAGCAGAUCGACUUGCUCGACGCCGCCAUUCCAUUCGACAUCGGUUUCCCUCAGAGCUUCCUUGGUGGAGACCCGGCCAUGUCGGCGGACGGGAAGAGCACGAACUUCAUUCUCAAUGUGGGGGGUGAUCUUACUUGGGUUAAGGCGCCCCAAGCUAUUGAUUGA